AUGGCUCUAUCUAGUGAAGCGUACAUAGCCGCCUUAAAUCGUUUUGUUUCACGUCGCGGCAAGCCUGAAAGCAUCACGUCUGACAACGGUACCAAUUUCGUUGGUACUUGUAACGAGCUAGCUCAAUUCCUCGUACAGUCUGACCUAGAAGAUCGCAUUGCUCAAGAAGGCAUCGAAUUUAAAUUCGUGCCGGCUUAUACACCCCAUUUCAAUGGUUUAGCUGAAGCAGCCGUUCGUUCUACAAAACAUCACCUUAGACGCUUGUUACCAUUAACUAAUUUGACCUAUGAGGAGAUGGCUACAUGCCUCACUCAAAUAGAGGCUGUACUAAAUUCUCGUCCCCUCACCCCUCUUUCCACUGAUCCCUUAGAUUUUUCCGCUCUCACUCCUGCUCACUUUUUAAUUGGACGCUCACUUAUGUCCGUUCCUCAGCCGCAGGUUCCUGAUACGGACAUCAACCGCAUCGAGAGAUUCAGACGAAUUGAGCUGCUGAAACAACACUUUUGGAAGCGCUUUUCCUUGGAGUACGUUGUUACAUUGCUUCAAGAAAAGACGAAAUGA